CAACACUAUUCAAAAAUAUUCAGCUACAGAAAUAUUUAAAACAGAAAAGUGGUGUAAAACAAAAACAAAAAAUAUUUAAAAAACAACAACAACAUUUAAAAAGGCAACAACAAAAAUACUUAAAAAAUUGAAAUUACAAAAAAAAACAUAUUUUCAAAGCAAAAAUAUUUUAAAAACCAACAACACUAUUCAAAAAUAUUCAGCUACAGAAAUAUUUAAAACAGAAAAGUGGUUUAAAGUAACAACACAAAUAUUUAAAAAUCGAAAUAACAAAAAAAAAAUAGUUUAAAACAACAACAAUAUUUUAAAAGCAAAAAUAUUUUAAAAACCAACAACAACACGAAAAAAUGAAAAUUGCAUGCGGAAAAAAGGUCUAGUAGUAAACACUAAAUUUGUUAAACACCACAUAAAAACGCCACAACUUGCCGCACAACAACAAAUAAACAUAAAAACAAACGACCAAAGCGAAAGAAAGCCUUGAAGGCUUAAGAAACACACUAGAAAAGGCAAAGUGUAAUAUUAAAAGUGCAAAAUGCAAAAUAAAAGCAAAGCGAAGAAAUAAAAGCUGAGCGAAAAUAAUAAUAAAGUGAAGAAAAAAAUAAUAAAGUGAAGAAAAAAAAAUAAUAAAGUGAGGAAGAAAAAAAUAUACUCAAAGUAAUAUAAAAACCUAUAUUAAAACAGCAGCAGCGCACACAUCAAAAAAGCAUAGCAGCACACAACAUAAAACAUCAAGCGCCACAUAACACCCCAACAUACAACAAGCACACCGACAUACAAACCAACCAAACACACACACACACACACACAGCGCGCCAAACCAACCAAACAAACAGACAUUCCACUCCUUUGCGCUAUUUUAAUGUGCGGAAAUGACGCACCUGCAACCCCAACGUCGCUACUACUCCCCCAUGCGUUUUAAAGGAGGCGACGACGACGACGGCGGUGGCGACAAUGUUGGUGUUAUUGGUACGGAUGCGCCGGCUGCCAGCAUAAGUCAGCAUAAGCGAGCAAGUGUCAGCGUGACACAAGCAACUGGCUGUCGUAGUGCUGCGAGCACUAGCAGUGAAAGUGCAAACGCCAACGGUCUGGAAACAGUGUUUAACACUGACGCUACUUGUGCUGCGGCUGUUGCGCGCGAUUACUGCAACAGUGAAGAGACGACUACUGCAACGCUAACAACGUGCACACGCGCCAUCACCAGCAUACGCCCCAAACACCUCAGCACGAAACAUUGCAUUCCACCACCACCACCACCACCCAUAACGCCAAGUCGGUGCCAACGUCAGCGGCGCGACCGCCACUACAGUUGGCCUGUGCUUUUUCGUGUACAACAUUUCCUAGUAUUCGCCCAGCUUCUGCUGUUCUUCGCCUGCGGUGAUUUCCUUCAGGUUGCCACAGCCGAACCAUAUGGUGGGUCGUCUUCGUCGGUGGGUAUACACAUACCCGGCGGCAGUUUGGGCGUGAUCAGCGAGUCGCGUUGUCCACGUGUGUGUUCGUGUAAUGGCCUGACGGUGGACUGUUCGCAUCGUGGUUUGACGCAAGUGCCGCGCAAGAUAUCGGCGGAUGUGGAGCGACUCGAUUUGCAAGGCAACAAUAUAACCGUAAUUUUCGAAGCCGAUUUUCAACGCUUAACCAAACUGCGAAUACUCCAACUAACGGAUAAUCAAAUACAUACAAUUGAAAAGGGCGCUUUCCAGGAUCUGGUGUCACUGGAGCGACUGCGCCUUAACAACAAUCUGCUAAAGGCGAUACCUGAAAAUCUAGUGUCAAGUUCAGCGAGUCUUUUGCGAUUAGACAUUUCGCAUAAUAUUAUUACGACUGUAGGACGUCGUGUCUUCAAAGGCGCACAAUCGUUACGUAGUCUACAGUUGGACAAUAAUCAGAUUACGUGUAUGGAUGAGCAUGCCUUCAAGGGGCUCAUAGACUUGGAGAUACUCACCUUGAACAACAACAACUUAACUUCGCUACCGCACAACGCUUUCAGCGGCUUGAAUCGUUUACGUGCUCUACGCCUGUCCGAUAAUCCCUUCUCGUGUGACUGCCAUUUGUCUUGGCUAUCACGUUUCUUGCGUAGCGCACCACGGCUUGCGCCUUACACACGCUGUCAGUCACCUUCGCAGUUGAAGGGUCAAAAUGUGGCGGAUCUGCACGAUCAGGAAUUCAAGUGCUCAGGCCUCACCGAGAAUGCGCCAAUGGAAUGUGGCAUGGAGAAUAGCUGCCCACAUCCGUGCCGUUGUGCCGAUGGCAUUGUCGAUUGUCGCGAGAAGAGUCUCACAAGUGUGCCAGUGUCGCUGCCAGAUGACACGACGGAAUUACGCUUGGAGCAGAACUUCAUUACCGAAUUGCCACCAAAAGCUUUUGCGAAUUUCCGUCGCUUGCGUCGCAUUGACCUCUCCAACAACAACAUUUCGCGUAUUGCCCAUGAUGCUUUGGCUGGCCUAAAAGCGCUGACCACACUCGUGCUCUAUGGCAAUAAAAUAAAGGAUUUGCCCUCUGGCGUAUUUAAAGGACUUACAUCACUGCAGCUACUCCUGUUGAAUGCCAAUGAAAUCUCCUGCAUACGCAAGGAUGCCUUUCGCGAUUUGCACAGCCUCAGUUUGCUGUCGCUUUACGAUAACAACAUUCAAUCGUUGGCUAAUGGCACCUUCGAUGCGAUGAAGAGCAUACAAACAUUGCAUCUGGCAAAGAAUCCCUUCAUUUGUGACUGCAAUCUUCGCUGGCUGGCUGAUUACUUGCACAAAAACCCCAUCGAGACAAGUGGCGCACGCUGCGAGGCCCCAAAGCGUAUGCAUCGGCGACGCAUUGAGUCGUUGCGUGAGGAGAAAUUCAAAUGCUCCUGGGACGAUAUGCGUAUUAAAUUGUCGAGCGAAUGUCGCGCAGAUGUCGAUUGCCCGGCAAUGUGUCAGUGCGAUGGCACUUCAAUUGAUUGUUCAGGUCGUGGCCUCAAAGAAAUACCGCGCGAUAUACCGCUGCACACCACUGAACUUCUAUUGAACGACAAUGAACUGGGGCGCAUCAAAUCGGAUGGUCUCUUUGGACGUCUGCCACAUCUGGUUAAACUCGAUUUGCGACGCAAUCAUAUAACCGGCAUUGAACCGAAUGCUUUUGAGGGUGCGAAUCGUAUACAGGAAUUGGUAUUGGCUGAAAAUAAAAUUCGUGAGAUUUCGAAUAAAAUGUUUUUGGGUUUGCAUCAGUUGAAGACGCUGAAUCUUUACAACAAUCAAAUCUCUUGUGUGAUGCCCGGUUCUUUUGAAUUCCUGUCAUCGCUCACCUCACUCAACUUGGCUGCCAAUCCAUUCAAUUGCAACUGUCAUUUGGCCUGGUUUUCCGAGUGGCUACGAAAGAAGGGUCUGGUUGGCGGUGCGGCACGUUGUGCUGCCCCCUCAAAAGUACGUGAUAUGCAAAUUAAGGAUCUGCCACAUAACGAGUUCAAAUGCACAACCGACAACAAUGAAGGCUGUUUGGGUGAUGGCUAUUGUCCGCCCGCCUGUACCUGCACCGGCACGGUGGUGCGCUGUUCGCGCAAUCAAUUAAAAGAGAUACCACGUGGCAUACCGGCGGAAACGUCCGAGUUAUAUCUGGAAUCGAAUGAAAUUGGAAUGAUACAUUUGGAUCGGAUACGACAUUUGAAGGCAUUGACGAGAUUAGAUUUGAGUAACAAUCAAAUCACGUUCCUUUCUAAUUACACCUUCGCCAAUCUGACGAACCUGUCAACGCUCAUUAUAUCCUACAACAACUUGCAAUGUCUGCAGCGUUACGCCUUGUCAGGUCUACAAAAUCUGCGCGUACUCUCACUGCAUGGCAAUCGUAUAUCCAUGCUGCCGGAGGGUACAUUCGAAGACAUGAAGUCACUAACACACAUUGCGCUCGGCAGCAAUCCAUUGUACUGUGAUUGCUCACUCAAAUGGUUUUCGGACUGGAUCAAGCUGGACUAUGUGGAGCCGGGUAUUGCACGUUGUGCCGAACCCGAUUAUAUGAAGGAUAAACUAAUACUCUCGACACCGUCACACAACUUCGUCUGCAAGGGCAAGGUUAGCAAUGAGAUUAUGGCCAAAUGUGAUGCCUGCUAUACGAAUCCUUGUGAGAAUAAGGCGCAGUGCAUACCAUUGCCACAGCGUGACUACCAAUGUCUCUGCCUGCCCGGUUAUCAUGGCAAGCAUUGUGAAUUCAUGAUCGACGCUUGCUAUGGCAAUCCCUGCCGCAACAAUGCCACCUGCACGGUGCUUGAAGAGGGACGUUUCAGCUGUCAGUGUGCGCCAGGCUAUACAGGCGCACGUUGUGAGACGAAUAUCGACGAUUGUCUUGGCGAAAUCAAAUGUCAAAAUAAUGCCACGUGUGUGGAUGGCGUGGAAUCGUACACGUGCGAGUGCCAACCGGGUUUUACAGGUCAAUACUGCGACACGAAGAUCAACUUUUGCAGCGACGACUUUAAUCCGUGUACGAAUGGCGCCAAGUGCCACGAUCACUUCACGCACUACACCUGCGAAUGUAUGGCCGGUUUCCAUGGCAUCAAUUGCACGCAAAACAUCGACGACUGUCAGAAUCACAUCUGUCAAAAUGGCGGCACCUGCAUUGACGGCAUCAACGAUUAUGUCUGCCAGUGUCCGGAUGAUUUUACGGGCAAAUAUUGUGAGGGACACAAUAUGGUCUCGAUGAUGUAUCCACAGACCUCACCCUGUCAAAAUCACGAAUGCAAACAUGGUGUCUGCUUCCAGCCGAAUCCCUCGGGCUCUGAGUAUUUAUGUAAAUGUCAUCCGGGUUAUACCGGCAAGUGGUGCGAGUAUUUGACCAGUAUUAGCUUCGUGCACAACAAUUCCUUCGUGGAAAUGGAACCGUUACGCACUAAACCCGACGCGAAUGUGACGAUCGUGUUCAGCAGCUCCGAACAGAAUGGCAUACUCAUGUAUGACGGGCAGGAUGCACAUAUUGCUGUGGAGCUCUUCAACGGGCGCAUACGUGUUAGCUACGAUGUCGGCAAUUAUCCCGUCUCCACAAUGUAUAGCUUCGAAAUGGUUGCCGAUGGUAAAUAUCAUAGUGUCGAGCUGUUGGCCAUCAAGAAGAACUUUACGCUACGCGUCGAUCGCGGUCUCGCUAGAUCGAUUAUAAAUGAGGGUUCCAAUGAUUUUCUCAAAUUGAAUACACCCAUGUUUUUGGGUGGCCUACCGCCCGAUCCGGGCCUGCAGGCUUAUAAGAAUUGGCAAAUACGCAAUUUGACUAGCUUCAAGGGCUGCAUGAAGGAGGUGUGGAUAAAUCACAAGCUGGUGGACUUUGAGAAUGCUGCCAAGCAGCAAAAGAUUACACCAGGCUGUGCGUUACUUGAGGGCGAGACGGGGGAAGAUGAUGAGCAAGAUUUUAUGGACGAAACGCCGCAUAUUAAAGAAGAGCAGCUGGAUCCUUGCGAGAAUCACAAAUGUCGUCGCGGCAGCCGUUGUGUACCGAACUCCACCUAUCGUGACGGUUAUCAAUGCAAAUGCAAGCAUGGUCAGAAGGGCCGUUACUGCGAACAAGGUGAGGGCACUACAGAGCCCGCCACAAUCACUGUGGCGUCCACUUGUCGCAAGGAACAAGUACGCGAAUAUUAUACCGAAAACGAUUGUCGCUCACGUCAACCGAUCAAAUAUGCGAAAUGCGUUGGCGGUUGCGGUAAUCAGUGUUGCGCUGCAAAAAUUGUGCGGAGACGAAAGGUCCGCAUGGUGUGCAGCAAUAAUCGCAAAUAUAUAAAGAAUUUAGACAUCGUGCGUAAGUGUGGAUGUACAAAGAAAUGCUACUGACUGGAAGAUGCGACUACCCAAAUGCACAAUAGUAGCUUAGAUUUAAAUUUAGGACAACAUAGUAAUAACAAUAAUUUUAAUAUUAAUCAUAAUAAUAAUAAUAACAGUAAUUUAAGUACUAGUACUAGUGAUAGCAACGAUAAUGAAUGUAUAUUUAACUGUAGCAACACGAAAGUUUUACUAAUAUCUAACGAUAAUAACAAUAAUAACAACAACAACACUAAAACGGGGAGACAAAUGAUGGCCGCUCAAGAGAAAAAGACUGCGGAUGGUGAUGAGAGAGUAGAAAACGCAACAAAUACAAGUGGUGGUGGUGUGAUAGUUGGUGUGGUGAAAACACACAAACGUGACGACAUCAUGUACAAUGCGGAGCAGGAAACCAGGCAAACGGCCGGUGGUGGUUUGCGCGUGACAAGCGGCAUAUUAGUCGAUGAGAGCGCCAGCUACGAGACUGAUGAAGAGUCCGAGCGUAUGCAAUUGAAUCCAAGCGAUGAUGAGGGUUGGGAUGAUGAAUACGAUGAUGAUGAUGAUGAUGAUGAGGAUGCAGAUGAAGCUGAAAUGGAUGAUGAGGACGAUACCUUAGAGGAUGAAGACGAAGAUGCUAACGCGCCUUACAUUGGCAGCGCAGCUACUGUGAAUGUGGCAGCGCAAGCGCGUAGUAGCGCCACAUUUGAAGCGCUGCCCGAAGCCAAAGGUCUCGUACAAGCGUUGGUGGACGAUGAAAAUGAGUCGGUUAAAAAUAUGCCGGACAUUUUGAAGACGAAAAGUAUUUCAGCUGCCGUCAGUAAAAUCGAGGACGAAGAAGAAGACAUGGGUUUUGAUGAGGAUGACGAACGUAUUGCGAUAAUUGUCGAACGGCAACGUGGCAAUGCGAACGAACACGAUAAGGGCUUCAUGAAUGAGGAAGGCAGUGGCGCCGGUGGUGGCGCAUACAGACGGACCGAAGCAAAUAGGUACAAAAAUAAUAAUAGAUUUAGAUUAGAUUACACGGAGAAAUAUCGUAGAAAGCAACAGAAGUUGCAAACGGAAUAUACGAAUAGAGGCGUAGCCGAUGCGCGAGAAGGCAGCGGCAAUUUUGCCAACGAUAAUGAUGAUGACGAUGAUGAUGAUAGCGAUGACGAUGACGUUGAUGCUGAUGAUGAUGAUGCUGAUGAUGAUGGCGUUGACGAUGCUGCUAUUGCCAACAGCAACGCUGACGCUAACGAUGAUGCCGACCGCCAAGAAGGUGAUGGUUAUUUUAAUUCGAAACAUACGAAAUCGAGUAAUCGGUAUUUCCGUAAAAAUACGAAUGACGCAAUUAAAAUAAUCUCAACACCGCUAGGCAAGGUCGGUAUUGUGUAUCAGCAGACGCCGACUAAUGAGGAUGGCAACAACAGUAAUAACAACGCCAACAGCAAUAACAAGAAGCAGGAUACGCUGGGCGACAAGAAGACAAGUUCGUUUACGGACUUCGAUGCACUGUCGCCCGAUCCUGAGAGUAGUCAUCGCUUAGCAUCAUCUCAUCCGAAAAUUACGCCAGUCUUGACACCCGAUGGCAAGGUUGCACUGCUUUAUCGCGGCGACUCGGAGAAUUCCAAAUACGAACCGAUACGCAAUUUAACGCAUAAAUUUAACAACAACAAUAAUAAUAAAAACGACUUUACGGACAAUAAAGCAAUUGCUAGCGGUACAAGUACUAAAGAUACGCCUGAUUUUCCAAACAACGAUGGUAGCGAAGAUGAAUCGGCCGACGAGUCGGAAGACGAUUACGAUCUGGAUAAUGACAGCAGUAGUAACAGUGGCGGCAAUGAUAGAACACAGCCGAAUGGGCGCAAAACCAAUGCAAAUCCCACAGACGAAACGCAGAAGGCGGCCAUACAAAAUCCCGCCACCGAUGCGGACACACCCGCCGCUGGAGGCGGUUCAUUCAUCAUACGCCCCACCGAUUCUGUGCUGCCCAUGAUCAAUCGUCCACUCUCCGAAGUGCUCGGCAUUAAGAAGAAUCAAUUCAAACAAUUCCGCAUCAAAGAUAUACCAACAGCGCCACCAAAUAGCGAAACGGCCGGCGAUCCACGUUCGCUGGCUGGCACCUCCAUCGACCGCACACUCGAUACAACGACACUACACUUCCUUACAAAAGUCAAUUUAGCCGAAUAUCCAACAUCGAUGAAGACGCGAAAUUUCGAUUUCGACUUCAGUCGCGACAAUACAAUGUUGGACGAACGUUCGCGUCACAAAGAACACCAAUUCCAUCAGCAACAAGGCGGCUCAGGUGCCACAGCUGGUGGCACCGCCGGCGGCGAGUCGGGCAAUAGCAAUAACAAAUUGAAUACGAUUGCCAACGAAGAGGUGCUCGCAAAAACCGAAGUGGUCAAUUUGGCCAUAAUACCACACUUCGAUGAGGAGCUCGAGCGCUUGCAACGCAUGCGUGAACAUGAAACGCGACGCCAUUACCGACAACGCUAUCGUCAAAAACCAAGCGAGGAAGAGCUGUCAGGCAUACAUUGCAUCAUGCAGGCCAUGAUGGGCAUAGCGGCCAUAUCGACAGUGUUCGGCAUGUUGGGCACGUUCUUUAAGCAACGAAUACUCGAUCAAAUACGCUUGAUGCAUUGGUAGUACAGCAAGGGUAUUCGAUUGUAUGGCGAAUAUGUGUAUACAAUGUUGUCGACAAUUACAAUUGAAUACCCCAGUUCAUCCGCACAACGUCAUCAUCACCAACAUCAUCAUCAGCUUUAUCAACAUCGUCAUAAGCUACAACACCAACAACAAAUAUAUAAUACAGACACAAACAACAUGAACAACGCAGCUAAAGUAGGCAGAAUUUAUUGUAAAUCUAUUUCCUCCUUGCACCCACACAAAUGCAUAGCAAUAACAAAGAAGCUUUUAAUACUACUAUUUACUAUCUAAAUACAUACAUUCAUACAUACAUACACUUAAACGAAACUAACACAAUGACAACUAUGCAACGCAUAAAUUAAACGAAUAGACGCUGUUGUAGGUGUUCGAACUUAAUUUCGAAUUUUCGAACAUGUAAUUGCAACGCAUAAAUUAAGCGAAUAGACGCUGUUAUUCUGUGUUUUCGAACUUAAUUUCGAAAAUAUUAGGUUUCGAAAUUAAUUUCGGAAAUGUAAAUGGAACGCAUAAAUUAAACGAAUAUACGCGUUUGUGAGUUUUCGAACUUAAUUUCGAAAAUAUUAGGUUUCGAAAUUAAUUUCGAAAAUGUAAAUGGAACGCAUAAAUUAAACGAAUAUUCGCGUUUGUGAGUUUUCGAACUUAAUUCCGAAAUUUCGAAAAUGUUAAAAAUUUUUGCAGUAGAAAAAAUUUAGAAAAAAAGCAUAAUAAGCGUAUUUUUUUAAGCUUUAGCUCUUUUAAAUAUUAAAAAAAUAUGUUCGAAAAGCUAAAAUCUUUACUGAAUAUGUAUUAUAUCAAAAAUAUUUCAUGUUUUAUAUCUUCAUUAAUUUGUUCUCAUUUAAGCUUUUUUCAAAGUAUUUUCGUAGCUAAAAACUUGUGUAAAAAUAAUUGUUUCCAACAAUAUUUUCUUCUAAAAUUGUUGCAGUAGAAAAAUUUAGAAAAAAAAAUAUUUUUAGCAUAAUAAGCGCAUUUUUUGAAGCUUUAGCUCUUUUAAAUAUUAAAAAAAAAAAAUAUGUUCGAAAAGCUAAAAUGUAUACUCAAAAAUAUUUCAUCUUUUAUAUCUUCAUUCAUUUUUUUCACUUUAAGCUUUUUUCAAAGUAUUUUAGAAGCUAAAAACUGAUUAUAUUCAAAAAAUGUUUUUUCUAAAAUAUGUAAAUCAUUUGUAAAGAUUUCAAACUGUAAUUUUUCUGUGUAAAAAUUGUUUCAGUGUAUUUUUGAAACAAAAAACCUUUGUAAUUUUUUUCAAAAUAUUUUCGAAGUUCAAAACUUAUGUAAAAAUAGUUGUUAUUCUAAAAUAUGUAAAUCAUUUGUAAAGAUUUCAAACUGUAAUUUUUCUGUAUUUUCGAAACUAAAAAUAUUAAUAUUUUAAUUUUUAUUAUAAAAAAUAUGAAAUUUCGAAAUUAAGCUCAGUGCCUACAACACACACUUACAUACAUCUAUAUACUCUAUAUACACACACAUACAUAAUAUUUAUAUACAACAACAAAAACAACUAUUUUACAUACUCCAAAAAAGCAUAAAUAUGUAUGUAACUACAUACAUGAAACAUUGUAACUAACUAAUCUAACGAAUCAUUUGUACACAAACUAACAGUAUAACAUACAUACAUACUUACAUACAUAUAUACUCUUAAUCAUAUUCAUAAACGCAUACAUACUCGUACGUGCAUAUAUGCCCCUUUUUAAAUGUAUUUGUAUUUCCCACAAACAUUUCAGCAUAAGCUGAACAAAUGUGUAUGUAUACUAUAUAUGUAUACUCUCACUACAACAUACUAUUAUUGUAUUGUAACACUAUAACUAACUAAUGCUAAAAACAAAACAACACAAAAAAAAUUAACACUUCCUUAAAACACACAUAUUAACGGAUUCGUGCAAGAAGCUACCCAGAUGAAGAAAAAAACUAUGACGCGCUGAAGCAGUUGUGACGGAUUAAAGCUAUAAUAAUGCAGUUAGAGAUAUUAACAUAAGCGUUUGAGAGUCUCUAAAGCUGAGAGCCAGCCGAAACGUCAGCGAUUGCGCUGUUAUGCGUGAUAAAGCAUGCGAGCAUAAUGAAACGUGAUUACUAAGGAUGUUUUUUGAAUAUUUUUUUUUUUUAGUUUUUCAUGCCUACUCUUUGGCUUUCGCAAAAGCAAAAUUUUAAAUCCAACAUUUUCAACCUCCUACAAUGUCACUAGAACUGCACUCGUCCAAAAAAAAGUUUGUAAAAAAAAUUCAAAAAAGAAAGCUACAAAAACCAACAUAACUGACGUCCAACCACAAACCAACUCCCCAAGCAAAUUGGCAGGCUACCAAUUAGUGUCAAUUUAAAACCCACCACACACACACACCACACAAACAUAGUCACUCACCACCACACACACGCGGCAAUUUGUUAAACACCCGCAACCAACAAAUUACCACUUUUUGUUAAAAACAAAUACCACUUUUUGAAUAUUUUUAUAUGAGCAUUCAAGUAAACAAGUCGCAUUCGAUCACAAAAAAAAAGCAUUUCAAAACAUAACAAACAUUUCAAACACUUAAAAGAAAAUUAUUUUAUGCGCGCCAAUGCAACAUUGCACACAAAAAACUGCAACAAAGAAAUUGCAAAACAAAAACAAUGAAUGUAAACAAGAAAUGUCAAACGUAAAAAGUGUAAUGUUAAAAAUAGUUGCAAUAUAAAUUUUAAAAAGCACAAUUGCAUGCAGUUGAAAGUGGCUUUUAAAAUAAAUUUAGAAAUUAUCAAAUAAGAAAAUGUUGAAAAAUUAGCGCUUAAGCAGCAGGAAGAAAAGUAUUUAUUUAAAUUAAUUAAACAAAUAAGACAAAUAUUGCAGUAGCAGCCGCUGUUGCUGCUGCAAGUAAACGUGUAUGUGUGCAACUUUUUGUUGCCGCACACAAGCAAAUAACGAAUUUUCAAAGAAUUAUAAAUAAAUAAAAGCAACUAAAAUUAAAUAAAAUGUAAAUGCAAAGCAAUGAAAUGCAUACAAACAAGGCAUGCAUGCAAGAAAUGCAUUGAAACAACAACUAUAGUUUAAGUUUAAACAUAACAACUUAACAUCUAAGCUGGGUAGUCGCAUGUAAAUCUCUAAACUAAAAAAAAAACAACAAAAAC